CGAGCCAUUAUCGCUCAGAUUGCAUGGGGGCGUCAUUUAACCCAGCAGAUCAGGUAUCAGCCUACAGCGCGCAGCAAAACGUUCACUGAACGUCACUAGCGGCACUUUGUUGUUCGGGAACCAGCACUAGGACACUGUUCUUCGUUGAGCUGUUUCAGGGUUGUUGUUUUUCUCGGAAAAGUACGAUUUGCCUGGAUACACUUCCUGAUGGAGAUACUCGGCUGUGUUGAUAUCUCUCCAACAUGGAUUCUGUGGAUAGCGGUUUUGUUUCUGAUUUAUGCAUAUGGAAAGAAGAGGAACCGUUUGUUCAAGGAUGCUGGUAUUCCUGGUCCGGAGCCUGUGAUUUAUAUCGGGAACUUCCAUCAGUUUGUUCUAAAGGGUCCGAACAACAAAGACUGGGAAAAGUAUGGUAAAGUAUUCGGGAUAUUUAUUGGUCGCCUUCCGAUGAUCAUUGUGAUGGACCCCAACAUUGCCAGAGAUAUCUUGAUAAAGGAGUUCCAUCACUUCCCAGAGAGACUAAACAUAGACUUGAACAACUACCCAAUUAACAAAAGUAUUUUCUUGGAGAAAGGCGCCAAUUGGAAACGGCUUAGAAACAUUGUAAGCCCUACAUUCAGUGGAUCCAAACUUCGCCUGAUGUGCGACCAAAUAAACAAAUGUGCCGAUAUACUUACAAAUAACUUUGGUAAGGCGGCAGAAUCAACCCAAAGUAUUGAUGUGAAACGAUACUUUGGUGCAUUCACAAUGGACGCCAUAGCAAGCACAGCGUUAGGGAUCGAAGUGGAUUCCCAAAGUGACUUCAGAAAUGUGUUCGUUGAGCAGGCCCAGAAGUUAUUACAGGAAGGAACGCAAAGCCCUAUCAUCAUGAUUACUUUUUUGUUUCCCGAACUCACUCCCUUGUUCAAAGCUCUUGGUGUUAGCUAUUUUCCAAAGAGCUCUCUAAAGUUCUUCACGAGGGUAUUGAAGGAAAUGAUUGAACAACGCAAGGCUGAUUUAAGGGAUGGAAAGCCGAAAAGACAAGACUUCUUCCAACUUCUGAUGGACGCAGAGGAUGACGGGACUGAUGAUAACCCCAGUCAAAGUGGAUCUCAAAGCAAAAAAAUGACCAACGACGAAAUAAUAGGCCAGGCUUUGUUAUUCUUCAUUGCUGGAUAUGCAGGAACGGCCAAAACACUCCAUUUUGUUGCCUACUCUCUGGCAACACAACCAAAUGUACAACAGCGGCUCACGGAAGAAGUCGACUUGGUUCUGGGAGACAAAACUCCAGACUAUGAUAAUAUUGGCGGCCUGAAAUACAUGGAUCACGUGAUCAUGGAGACUCUCAGAAUGUAUCCUCCUUCAACUAUAUUAACCCGUAAGGUAGCGGAGACUGUCGCCAUCAAGGGUUACACAUUCCCCAAGGGCUCUAGUAUCCACAUUCCCAUUAUUGGGAUACACUAUGACCCUGAUGUAUACCCAGACCCCACAAGUUUAAAGCCUGACAGAUGGGAGCGGAAAUCCGAAAUGGAUCCCAUAAGUUAUCUCCCCUUCGGUCAUGGCCCCCGUCAGUGUGUGGGAAUGAGGCUUGCACAAUUGGAGAUGAAGAUGGCGCUUGCCCGGAGUCUCCAGAAGAUUCAGUUUGUGCCAGCGGAUGACACUUUGGCUAUUAAACUGUUUGGGGGUUAUUACAGACUUCACUCGGAAUGGACGACAUCACUGUACACACAGGCACAUUACACACCAAGAAGCCAAUCAUGCUCAAGGUCAAAGUCCGGUCAGAUAAGUGAAAAGAGAACCAUCAACAGAGUCCUUCGGGUUCUGGGCGCGCUUUGAUGUUGCUCUGGAAACCCCUUCGUGUGUUUCAAGGCGAACCAACUAUUGGCAAAUCCCUGCAGAAGAAAGGAGAAAUCAUAUAAAAACUCCGCAAAUGUUUUCGUGUUUUAAAAUCGUACCAGUAGCUUGUUCAUUUCAUUUAGUGAAAUUGAAAACAUCUAAUGAAUGAAUGCCAGCUGAACAUAUCAGCAGCAGAGCGAAUGAAGAUUAGUUGCAAAUUUUUGUAUAGAUUAUAAUUUGUUCUGACCAAGUUUGUUCAAGUGAACAGUAGUGUUCCACAAGGAUGUGUCAUAUUGCCCUUACCCUCCAUGCUCCAAAGUGGCCAUUGUGUUGGUCACCACACCCAUGUGAACAAAAACUAGGAAGACUGAGAUUCAGAUAGAGCAAUAUGACUUCUGUAAAUAUUCAUAUCGAGGCAGUUGAUUAUCAACAGGGAGUUGAAUGACGAUACCAAAUAUUUUAACCACUGAUUUGGUUAUAAGAAACACCAACCGAGGGUUUUUGUAUACACGUGUGUUACCUUUUUUAAUCUUACGUGUAUUCAGUCCCAUUUUAUCAUUGUUUUCUGGAAGAUGUUUGAGCAUACUCUAAGCACUCUUUGUGGGGAACACGUUCUGUUCAAAGUUUCUUUCACUUGACAUUAUUGUUUCUUUAGCUUGUGAACAUAAUUGGGGCUACCCUUGUCAGCGAGUCUUCAUAAUGUGAAAAUGGAAAUCGUUAGUGAAAACAAUCACUGUAUCGCAAUCACAUGUGAAUGAAAGAGUACGGGCUCCUUUCAGAUCAGCCUUGAGGUUCAUGAACAAAGUUCUUUAUCAUUUAUCGAUAAAAACAAAACAAAAAACAGCCACCUCUUUUUUUAACCCUCAGUGAAUCUGCUACGAACAUGAUAUUUGUAUAUAUGAUGUACUAUGAGCCGUUGGGCAACAUAAUUAUGCAAAUAAAUUGCCUUUCAGUG